AUGGUCGAACCUAUCCGCGGCAACAAGGGUUCCAACAUCGUCGGGCCUCGCAAUCCCGACAGGGAACGCCAGAACCCCGACUCGAUAGUGACCCCUCCGACCGACUGGGGCACCGUCCUCCACAUGAAGUGGUCCUGGGCCGACUCGCACAUGCGCCUCGAGGAGGGAGGCUGGGGGCGCGAGGUCACCGUCCGCGAGCUCCCGAUGUCGCGCGACCUCGCCGCGACGAACAUGCGCCUUGAGGAAGGCGCCGUGCGCGAACUCCACUGGCACAACGACUCGGAGUGGGCGUACAUCCUGCAGGGCCGGGUGAGGAUUACCGGCAUCGACUAUGGAGGGCUUUACUUUGAGGAGGACGUCGAGAAGGGUGACCUGUGGUUCUUCCCGCAGGGCGUCCCGCACUCGCUGCAGGGCCUAGAGGGCGGCUGCGAGUUCCUUCUGAUCUUCGACGACGGCGAAUCCUCCGAGUACAAGGCCUUCCAGCUCACAGACUGGUUGGCGCACACGCCGCGCGACAUCCUCCGCAAGAACUUCAAGGUGCCCGAGUCCACGCUCGAGCACCUCCCCGCGCGCGAGAAGUUCAUCUUCCGGUCGAUCCUCUCUAAAAAGAGCACCGCGGACGAGGCGCAGCCCGGUGCGAAUCCCACGCGCCGCAGGCUCACGCACAAGAUGCUCGCGCAGGAGCCGAUCAAAGUCCCCGGCGGCGAGGUGCGCAUCACGGACAGCACGAACUUCCCUGUGACAACCAUCAGCGCGGCGCACGUCGUCAUCAACCCCGGCGCGCUGCGCGAGAUGCACUGGCACCCAUAUGCGGACGAGUGGUCGAUGUUCCUGAGCGGGACGGCGAAGGUGACGGUGUUCACCGUGCAGGCGACGCGCACGUACAACUUCGUCGCGGGCGACGUCAUGAUCGUCCCGCGCAACUGCGGGCACUACAUCGAGAACAUCGGGGACGAGCCCAUCGAGAUGCUCGAGAUCUUCAAGGCGCCGAAGUUUGAGGAGUUUUCGCUGAACCAGUGGCUCGCGGUCACCCCGCCGCACCUCGUUCAGGCGCAUCUGAACGUUGGGGCAGAGUUCACGAAGGCUCUCGAUAAGGGCCACACCCCGAUUCGUGAUGGGCAUGUACCACAAGACACAGAACUUGCAGCGAAGAACGCCUCAGGGAUACCUUCUGCGAAGCUGUGA